GGGUGUGGAGCAGUGGAUAUAAAGCUGCUCCUUCCCUCACGCGCUUGCCUUUUUGCCUUGCGGCACUUACUGCUGGUUCGCGCUUGCAGGGGCUCUUUCAGCGUUCCGUUGGUGAUAGUUUCCUUGCUAAAAUACCUCGUUUACCCUUCUCUGCUCUUUCCUCCCUUUCCCGUUGCUCUUUAUCAUUCUCUGUUGUUGUUUUGAGCCCUGACGAUCAGCUGGGCUGCAGGCCUCCGCCCACGCGCCCGCCGGCUUCUCCCCGGCUCGCCGGCCGUUUUCCCUUGUAUUGCCUGCACUUUACAGCGUUUGUUGCUCGUGAAAAGCCCAGCUUGUUUUUUACUUAUGGUGUUUGUGGGUGGUGACGUUCCUGGUUGUUAUAUUCCCUUGGUUAUAUAUAUAAAUUUUGAUUCCAUUUGUUCUGCCCCCCCCUUUUCUUCCGGUUUGUCUUUAAAUUGUUAAAGUUGCUUGUGUUUGGGUGCUUUGUUAGUUAGUUUCAGUGAUCUUUGGUUCUUAGAUAAAUAUAUAUUUUGAUUGUUUAUAUAUAUAUUUUUUUAUUUAUUUGCUAUUGUAUUAUAUUCAGUGAUAAUUUGAAGGCAGUUUUGGUAUAUUAAUACCCUUUAAUUCAUAGCUUCCACCACCCUUUUUGUUUCCCUUCCCUUACUUUUCCUUUAAUCCCCCCCUUUUUCAUUUUCUGGGCAUUUAAAGUGGUGUGUCGAUCCUCUGGAUUUCUUGUGCAGUUACUUAAUUAUAUUUGUUGGGUCCAAAUCUAAGCGCCCCUAGUUAUUAGAGGGGGCGAGCUAAUGCACCCCUCAUCCCUGGAUAGGGGUGCAAGCUUUUGCUAUUUAAUUUACCUGUUUUAGUGGUUCAGCCAGAUAUCAAAAGUAAAGCAGACACACAGACAAUUACUUGCUUGAUCAAGAAAGGGUCUCUAACCUUACAGACCACUGUCUGUCAGGAGAGAGAACAAACUUUAUUAGCCCAAAGCUUCAUUUAUAUAGGUUUCAUAAGCAAAACAAGAUGCAAUGUUUACUAAAAUCAUAGAAUAAAAAUACAAUAUUACCGAAUAAAACAAGCGCGUUUUCUUAUCCUUUGUUACAUUUCUCAUAAUUCUAAAAAGCGAGAGUUUGAUAAAUAAUUCAUACACAUGUCAAUCUGAGCAGCUUAAUAUGAGAUAAGAACUGAGGAAAUGCGAGUAAGAGGGUUAGAUUGACAUUUGGUGAAAAGGUAAACAUGAGGCUUUAGUGUGCUUGUGUCAGUAGUAUGACGUAAAACUAUGGAUUCAUUCUAGCAAAGUGUUUAGGAACACUUGUUCUGUUAUGCUAUUUAGCUACAAUGUCAGGGUGUGUAUGAAAAAAUGAAGCAAGACAAGAGAAACUAUCAACAAUCAACUGGGAUACAUUUUAUCUUUCCAAGAUAUUAUUAUUCCAGCCAGAGAGGCGCCUAUGGGUGUUAUUUCUCAUGGGAAGAAACUGAACUUUGAGUUGUAUUUCUCCCCCUCUCUGGGUCCCAGAAUUCAGUGCAACAUUGGUUCAACAGAAAUGUAGGUUCUUUUAAACCACUCUUGACAACCCUAGGCAAUAUUUUGGGGUCGAGAAUAAAUUUAUUCCUAACAUAUUUAUAGCAUAAUAUUGCAUAAAUUCAUAAUUAUAGCUUAGGUAAUUUAUUCUUAAGGUAUAUUGUUAGUUAAAACUCAUUUAAAAGUUGUUGUUUGUUCAUUUUAUUGAGUUUAAUAAAUACCCUUUAUCAAACACCCCCCACUUCCCUUUCCCUUAAAUCCUCCACCCCCCUUAAUUCCAGAUUAUAAUACUUACCUGGAAAUAAAAAUAAAUAAAUAAUAAUUAAUACGUGUAAUAAUAAUAAUAGGUUAAGUUAAUUGGUGGAUUGUAGUUAUAUUGCACUGUACGUGCACUGUUUUAAAAAAAAGAGUUGGUAAAUUCAUAAUUAGGUCACACUUGCAUUUGGUAUGUUGUAUAAUUGUUGUUAUUUGGUCUUUACAAAUAUGCCACCCAAGAAAGCUCAGCAGAAAAAAGGGGUGCGUGUUGUGAAGCAGACUACAAAGCGCCCGCCAAUUCAGCAGGACAUGUCUUAUGAUGAUGAGGAGGAUUUGGGGACCAUCCGUGCGUUGGUAGCUAGAGUUGAGGCGCUGGAAAAGGAACGCAGGCAGCCGCUGGACGCUGAUACGGGUACAAGUACCGCUCCAGCAGGUAAGAAAUCUGCACGGUUGGCUUCUAAAGUGCCUAAAAAUCAUAUUCUUGCUGAUUUGGUUUCCAGGAUUGGUGUUCUUGAAGCUGCAGUACCCAUUGAAGAGCCCUUAGCAGCUGGGUCGCCAGCUGCUUUGCCUGCGGUUCCAGAUACCAUCUCUUCUCCUGCGGUUCCAGUCAUACCUGCUGUUGGGCCUCUUCAAGCGCCACUGCCGUUUUCGCCACCGGCGGCCACGGCUCUGCCUGUGGGAGCUUCGGGGUUUGUCGCACCCCCAGUGGUUGCCUCUCCGGCUGCUUAUGCAGGUUUGUUGAGCCUUUCAGUCCACGUGAGGAUCGUACUGUGUGGCCACUCUAUCUUGUUUUGGGCGCACCGGCGUGCCUCUUCGUCGAUACCUGGAACACAGCUGCAGCUUUCGGCCGUAGCUACGGUUAUUGGAUGUGCUGUUGCCAUCAGUUUGCCGGAUUAUGUCUUCGGCAGAUCGGCCUCAUGUAUUGUUGAUUCAUUUGGGGGAAAAUGACUUGGUGCAGCGUCCAGGGAUGGACCUGCUUAUCAAGGUCACUCGAGAUCUCACGUGGCUUAUUAGUUCAUUUCCCAACCUCCUACUGGUUUGGUCGGAUAUGUUAGUUAGGAGGGUGUGGAGGGGUGCUUUUCAUCCUAAUAGGAUCAACAGAUCCAGGAAAUGGGUGAAUAGGAAAGUCAGGGGUCUGGUCUUAUCUCUUGGAGGGGCAUAUAUUCCUCAUGGUAGGAUUAGGUUCCAUGUCCCACAAUUGUUUCGGGAUGAUGGGGUCCAUCUUUCCGAACAGGGGUGUGAUUUGUUUUUAGAGGAUUUGAUGCUGGGAUUAAGGGGUUUGUUAAAUUCUUUGGGUUGAGUGGACCAAGCUUUAGCUGAUCCACUCUUGUGGCAUAGAAUUCGGGCAGGUGAGGUAUUCGGGGGAUAAAUUGAGGUGUUUAAGGCAUUCUCGAAAAGACUGCUUAGGGAACCAUCAGAGCUUCAUGUCUGGGGGGGAUCUGGGUAGUGUCCUUGUGGAACCGGCUUGCGCAUCAUGGUGAACGCUUGUACGGCGGGGCCAUGGUGUGGAGGUUGGAACCACAUAACUGGCUCUAAGAGCAAGGAGGGAGGAAUGCACCCAUGUCCUUGACUCUGGAGUUACAGACUGAGGAGAAUUGUUGCCUUUAGAAGGUGAGGGUAUAAUCCCUCAUAGUUAGGCAUAGCCUCACCUGCCCGAAGUAUUUUAAUCUGAUAAUUGGCUGUAUUGCAUUUGAUCUAGUAUGUUAUAUUUAAUAAAUAUAACAUUAUUCCAGUCUUGUGUCACGAGUCUUCCUUGG